UUCCGGAUCAUGGAUGAUGACAACAAUCGGACACUUGACUUCAAGGAGUUUUCGAAAGGUCUGAGUGAUUACGGUGUGCUCUUGGAAAAGAAGGACAUUGAAGCAUGUUUCAAACAUUUCGACAAAGAUUCAAAUGGAACCAUUGACUUUGAUGAGUUUCUCAUGACUCUGCGGCCUCCCAUGUCGAAUGCAAGGAAAGAAAUCAUUCAACAAGCCUUUCGUAAACUGGACAAGACAGGAGAUGGUGUGAUAACCAUCGAGGAUCUGCGCGGUGUAUACAAUGCCAAACAUCAUCCCAAGUAUCAGAACGGGGAGUGGACGGAGGAACAGGUCUUCAGGAUUUUCUUGGAUAAUUUUGACUCGCCUGACGAUAAGGAUGGAAUUGUGACGAUGGAGGAAUUUAUAAAUUACUACGCAGGUGUCAGUGCCUCUAUAGACAAAGAUGUCUACUUCAUUAUCAUGAUGAAAAACGCCUGGAAGUUGUGAGGUUACCGUGUCGCUGGUGGUCACCAAAUUUGAGUUUUUAAAUUACUAUUCGGGAGUCAGUGCCUCCAUUGACAAUGAUGCCUAUUUUGUCCUAAUGAUGAAGAGCUCCUGGAGAUUAUGAUGGUUUUCCCAUUUUCCUGUUUGUAGACUGGAGCAGAUCUUGGUUGGAUCACCUCCUGCAGAUUCCCAGAUUCUGACACAGACACAGCUUUGUAUUUAAUUGUAGCUCUCCAUCUCUGUGAUCGCACUGUCUCUGUGAUCGCUCUGUCUCUGUGAUCGCUCUGUCUCUGUGAUCGCUCUGUCUCUGUGAUCGCUCUGUCUCUGUGAUCGCUCUGUCUCUGUGAUCGCUCUGUCUCUGUGAUCGCUCUGUCUCUGUGAUCGCUCUGUCUCUGUGAACCCUCAGUCUCUGUGGCCCCUCUGUCUCUGUGAUCGCUCUGUCUCUGUGGCCCCUCUGUCUCUGUGAUCCCUCAGUCUCUGUGAUCUCUCUGUGAUCCCUCUGUCUGUGUGAUCCCUCUGUCUGUGUGAUCCCUCUGUCUGUGUGAUCCCUCUGUCUGUGUGACCCCUCUGUCUGUGUGACCCCUCUGUCUGUGUGAUCCCUCUGUCUGUGUGAUCCCUCUGUCUGUGUGACCCCUCUGUCUGUGUGACCCCUCUGUCUGUGUGACCCCUCUGUCUGUGUGACCCCUCCGUCUCUGUGGCCCCUCUGUCUCUGUGGCCCCUCUGUCUCUGUGGCCCCUUUGUCUGUGUGACCCCUCUGUCUGUGUGACCCCUCUGUCUGUGUGACCCCUCUGUCUGUGUGACCCCUCUGUCUGUGUGACCCGUCUGUCUCUGUGACCCCUCUGUCUGUGUGAUCCCUCCGUCUCUGUGAUCCCUCCGUCUGUGUGAUCCCUCCGUCUGUGUGAUCCCUCCGUCUGUGUGACCCCUCAGUCUCUGUGACCCCUCCGUCUCUGUGACCCCUCCGUCUCUGUGACCCCUCAGUCUCUGUGACUCCUCAGUCUCUGUGACCCCUCCGUCUCUGUGACCCCUCCGUCUCUGUGACCCCUCCGUCUCUGUGACCCCUCCGUCUCUGUGACCCCCUCCGUCUCUGUGAUCUCUCGUACCUUCUGUGUGUGAUUAAUGAGUGUGUUCGUGCUGUGACUCUGAACACUGGAGAUAUCCCAGUGCUGCUGGUGAAAUCCUGAAUAAGCAGCAGUUUUCUGGCUGUGAGGUGGAGUGGGCAGUUUGCAACACCAUGUUCUGCAGCAAACUCUGUCCUCUUCCUGUUUGGAAACAUGUCCGUGGGGCUGAGACCCACAGGUCAGGUGGGCACUGUGCUUAGUCAAUGGCAGGGCCGUCUCCUGGUACCAGAACUGCUGAUUAUAAGACCAUAAAAAUAGCAACAGGACGAGACCGUUCAGUCCAAAACAUAGAAUUUCCUGUUCAUUGGAUGCUGCCUGACCUGCUGUGCUUUAACCAGCAACACAUUUUCAAUUCAGUCCCUCCAGCCUGCUUACCCAUCCAAUAGGAUCGUGGCUGAUCCAACAUUCCUCACACCCACUUUCCUGGUCUUCCCCCUUGACCCAGUGACUGAUCUAGAAUCUGUCUCAGCCUUAAAUAUACACGAGGACUCUGCCCCCACAGCUCUCUCUGUGACAAGGAGUUCCCUCUGAGAGAAGGAUUUCCUCCCCAUCUCAGUCUGACAUCGGUGCCCCUUUAUUCAGAGACUGUACCCUCUGGUCCCAGACUCUCCCCUGAGGGGGAACACUCUCUCAGCGUUGACCCUGACAGACCCCUGAGGAAUCCUGACCAGCUGCUGCUUUGCCCUCAGGCCUGGAGCACCGUGCUGUGCCAGUGCUGCCCACUCCUUAACAGGCCCCAGGGCAGUUUGACUGAGGCAAGAAAGGAACUCCAGGCACAGAUCAGAACGGACAAUCCAUUGUGGAGCUGACCUUAGGAAGCUCAGUAUGGGGACGGGGCCAGUGUAGAGCAAGAUUGACUCAAUAUCUAACCCCUUGCUGUCCAUGUCAUGGGAGUGCUUGAUGGGGCAGUUUAAUUUCAGUUUAAAAGAGGGAACUUUACUCUGUAUCCAACCACAUGCUGUCGCUGUCCUGGAAAUGUUACGUUCUGCAAUGUACUGUC